AUGUUUUCUCUGAUUGAUGUCCUUAGUGCGAUUGUAGAUUCAGCAGGUGGCGACAUUCGGAUCGGCAGUCGGCCGAGGUCGGAUGCCCGCCGCGGCCUCAAUCACUUGAUUCCCAUUCUGACUUUCACGUUGGGACCAUCGUUCCCAAUCUCCGCUUCUCAGUCAGACGGAGCGAAACCAGUGUGGCCUGCACCCCUUCAUGUCGUCAAUCGGGCGGCCGAUCAAGGCGGCCAAAUCAACAGCCAAUUCCUCUCCAGUCAUGUUCUCAUACCGGCCUUCCGGAACAGUGUUGGCAAGAAUGGCACCCUUGCCGAGGCACUGCGCUUGAUGAAUGAGGCCUUGACGCCGCGCAGAUUGUCAAGGAAUGGUCCCGUCAAUCUGGAAGUGUCUGCAGCGCUGACCAGAAUGGACUUCGGGAAGGAUGUCACGAAGAUUUGGCAGAGGCUGGAUGAGUUCAUCACCAGUGACAGCCGAACUGAGAGUGACAAGAUUGUCUCGGAGGCCUGUGCUAUUGCAGACCGACUGUACAAUGCUCAGGUCGGACUGGCUGAGGCUGUUUACCGCCGCGAGUGGAAUGAAGAAUGGGCUCCUCUACUGUCCUUCAUCAUCCCUGCGACAAGGUAUGCAAUGACCAGGGCGGAGAGAAUGUUCCUUACCAAAGCGAACUGGCACCUGGAAUGGAAGUGCAGCACGAAUGCCAAGGAGAAUCUCGCGCAUGACCUAGCGAAUGUGUACGACUGGGUGAUGCUCCCUUCGAGUGUGGGAGAGAAGUUCUACCAGGACUGCUUCGACGAGAAUGCAGCCCAUGAAGGGAUUGUCUUCAUUGUCCGAAGUUGCGAAUGUGCCCUGGAAGUGGAUCUGGAAUCAAUGAAGAGCAUGGGCAUUAUCCGAAUGCCCCUGAAUGAUCCGAUGAUGAGAGCCACCAAUGGCCCCGUCUG